GUUUUUUAGCUUUUCUUUUGUAAACGAAAUCGAAAGCUGAUCACAAGAUGAUUGUUAGAAGCAAAAUGCAGAUUGUUACACCAAAUUAUGCAUACGUUUCAUGGUCGUUUAUUGCAUUAUAGGCCUAACUGGUCGGACAAGACAAGACUGUAAAUGGUGAACAUAUAUGAUGAAAACAAAAGAUGAUGAUGGACCAACUCGUAAAAUUCCAAGAGGUCGAAAACGAAACUCGAGCUAUAUGUCUGAUAGUGGAUUGGCAAAGAAACCGACCUCUACAUCGAUGCUGCAGGAGGCUGUGUCUGAAGGAAAGAAAUCUCAAGAAGCUGACACUUGGUUUAGAAAUUCCUUUUGUCCUGGAAAUAAAAGGACUUCAAAUUCACCAGGAUGUGACAGAAGAUGGACAAAGCCUGCUACUCAAAAACUGGAAGUUAAUCCAGCUAUGAGUGACAGCGGCAUACUUGACACAAGUGAUUCACUGUUAGCUGAACUUGACCUUGACCUGUUUGAUGACAUUCCUAAGACUUCGUCAGAUCAUAAAACCCAUGUGGGUUCUACUCAUGGCAGCUGUGGAAAUGGAGAAAUGAAGAACCACAUACUAAUUAAAAAUGAACAGAGUACAAAAACUUCUGUAAGUUUGACAGAAAUGUCAUUAAAAACUCAGAUUCAGGUGAACAGUGUUAAUGAGGAAAAAAAGAACCAAAUAGAAAUUAAAAAUGAUUUUCACGAACAGACUGCAAAAACGCCAAAGUCUGUAAGUGUAACAGGUUUCUCCCUGAAAGACAAAUUUAAAAAGCAAAUGCAAAAGAAUGCGUCCGAGUUGACACCAACAAGGGGGAUCCUGGGACAGCUUCGAGAGGAAGUGAUGUCACGAGCGAGAGAUGAAGCGGCUCAGAUUCACCAGAAGGGAACGGAUGUAGAUAUCGGCCCAUUCCACGGCCUGCCAUCCAAAGUGGAGCACCUGCUGAAGACCCAAAGAGGAAUUGCCAAGCUAUAUGAAUGGCAGGAGGAAUGCUUGCAACUUCCCGCUGUGCUGGAGGGAAAGAACCUCAUUUACUCUCUGCCGACAAGUGGCGGGAAAACGCUAGUGGCGGAAAUUCUUAUUCUCCGAGAGCUGCUGUGCAAAAAGAAGGAUGUUAUUCUUGUUUUGCCAUUUGUCUCCAUUGUCCAAGAAAAGGUUCGCAACCUCUCACAGUUUGCUGUUGAGUUAAAUUUUCUUGUGGAAGAAUAUGCAGCCAGUAAAGGACGGUUUCCUCCAACGAAGCACAGGAAGUGUUCCUCUCUGUACAUUGCAACCAUCGAGAAGGCCCAUUCCCUGUUAAACAGCUUCAUAGAGCUCAACAGGAUGGAUUCCCUGGGACUUGUUGUUGUAGAUGAGUUACACAUGAUUGGUGAGGGAGGCAGUCGGGGGGCAACCUUGGAGGCCAUGUUGCUGAAAACUUUGCACUGCGGAACCUGCCAGAUAGUUGGUAUGACUGCCACCCUGAACAAUGCCAAAGACUUGCAAGUUUUUCUGCAUGCUGAAAUGUACUCCAAUAAUUUCAGACCGGUUAAACUGACAGAAUGUGUUAAAGUGGAGGACAAUAUUUACACCGUUAAUGAGAAAGCCUUAUGUCCAGAUGAGAAACUACAGCACGAAAGAGUUGUCAUGUUUCCAUACAGUGCUGAGAUAAAACAGCAGGACCCGGAUCACCUGCUGGGUCUGGUUCUUGAGGUGAUCCCGGACAACUCCUGCCUCGUGUUCUGUGCCACCAAGAAGAACUGCGAGAACGUCGCUAUCAUGCUCAGUCGACUCAUCAACAAGCACAACAAAAAGUUGACGGAUGUGAAGAAGACUGAGCGGAAGGCGUUAUUGAGGGAGCUGUACAAGGACGGAGAGGGACAGAUCUGUCCUGUGCUGCAGUACACUGUGCACUUUGGCAUCGCGUACCACCACAGCGGGCUCACCAUGGACGAACGACGCCUUGUUGAAGACUCGUACUCCGACGGAACACUCUGUCUGCUGACAUGCACCUCAACACUGGCAGCUGGAGUCAAUCUGCCGGCAAAAAGAGUGAUACUCAGAAGUCCAUAUGUAGCCACUGAGUUUAUUGGUCACAAUCAAUACAAACAGAUGACAGGAAGAGCAGGGAGGGCUGGGAUUGAUUCCACAGGGGAGAGCAUUCUGAUUGCAAAGAAAUCGGAUAAAGACAAACUACUAAAACUGUUGACUGGUCCGCACGACCUCUGUCACAGCAGUUUGAUGUACGAGGAAGGAAAAGGGAUCAGAAAACUUCUCUUGUCUGCCAUUGGUCUGAAGAUUGUUACCAGCACUGAGGACGUUUUCACUUUGAUGGAAAAGACACUCAUGGCUGUCCAGUCAAAGACCUUGCAGGUAGAUGUUACCACGGUUACGAAGAAUAGCUUACAACAGUUGAUCGAUCUUAAGCUGGUCAUCCAGCGAAAGCAAACUCUGUCACAAGAUGGCAGCACUGAGUUGUGUUUGGAGGUAACUCCUUUGGGCAAGGCUACGUUCAAAGGCUCGGUGGAUAUUGACAACAGUCCCCAGCUGUACCGGGACUUGAAGAAAGCCGAGGAAUCCCUGGUGCUGGCCAGUCACCUUCACCUUCUCUUUCUUAUCACACCAUACGAUUUCGUCAACAACAUCAAAGCUAAUCUGCCUUGGAUGGUUUACUUCAAACAGAUGAACACACUCUCACCGGUUGAACUAAAAGUUGCAUCAUUAAUUGGAGUCCCUGAAAGCUACAUUGCCCAGAAAGCAUCGGGUCAAUCAACGAGACAGAAAGUUGAUGAGUUUGUAAUCAGUCGUUUCUUCUUGACGCUGAUUCUGUACGACCUGUGGCAGCAGCGGUCUGUGUGGGACGUCUCGUCACGAUUCCAGUACCCGCGGGGAUUCAUUCAGAAUCUGCUCUCUGCUGCAGCAAGUUUUGCUUCGUGCGUCUUCCAUUUCUGUCAGGAACUGGCUGAAUUCUGGGCCUUUCAAGACCUCCUUGGUAACUUCGUGAAACGGCUGACAUACUGCGUGUCCAUGGAGCUAAUACCACUGAUGGAAAUACCGGGAAUAAAGCUGGGGCGUGCUCGCCAACUGUACAGUGCUGGAUUGAGAACCUUGCAGGCCGUGGCCAAUGCUGAUCCUGAAACUCUGGUCAAGAAGAUUGAACACAUGCCUAGGAAGGCGGCUAGACAAGUUGUAGCAUCAGCCAAGGUGCUACUGAAGGAGAAGGCUGAUGUACUGAUGGAGGAGGUGGAAGAUUUGGUCAGACUUCCCGAAGGCAGCCUGUGAUUACUCUGUGACAAAACAUUUGCUUGGAGAGAGCAGAAUAUUCUACAGCUCUAUAAUUGGCUAAAUGUAAGGAAUUCAUCAACCUUGUCUAUAAAAAAACCUCCUUUGGCAGAACUGGUUUUUCAUGAUUUUACGGUGGUCUGUUUCUGAUAUUAUUUAAAGGUGCAAUCUUGAAUAUAUUUUUGUCUCGGGUCAUUGAAACUUGGUUUGUAGUUGCACCUAUUGAUGAUCAUCACAGGGGACUGAAAGCAUUUAUGGUAGGUGAAAGUUGUUAUUGUGUGGAAUUCAUGUUUAAUAUUAAAGUUAAAUAUGUACAAUAAAUCAUCUAUAGUCCAUCCCAUUAUCUGUCCUUGCAAGGCUAUACCAGUGCUAAAAAACAACAUGGUGGUAAACAGUUUUCUUAUUGUGGUUUGUAUUACAGUUUCAAUUAUUGCUAAAUCGAUUCUCUUUAAAAUUAGACACAAAUAUGGUUGUGUUUUCUUAGUUCCAAAAUACUUUUUAAUCUUCUUCUUGUGUAAAACCAAACUGAAAUUAUUUACAAAAAACAUUGAUAUUGGAGGUAAAAAAAAUAUGCUGUCGGCCCCGGUAAUGUACAGAGAGUAGGAUGCUCUCUAAAAGUGUAAAUAUCCAAUGAAUUAAAAAGCUCCACAUUAACGGCAAGAUGUGGAUCAUCAAGUGAGUUGAUGACAUCUGUUGAUAGCAAAAACACACCAGUUUAUUAAAACUAGUUAUGUUUGUAUUUACAGUAAUAAAUAAUGUAGUAUGCAGCAUGGGUUAUAGGAGGGAGAGGGCAUGGACCCACACUUUUAUGUUUGUAUUUACAGUAAUAAAUAAUGUUGUAGUAUGGAGCAUGAGUUAUAGGAGGGAGAGGGCAUGGACCCACACUUUGUUGUUUGUAUUUACAGUAAUAAAUAAUGUUGUAGUAUGGAGCAUGGGUUAUAGGAGAGGGCAUUGACCCACACUUUUAUGUUUGUAUUUACAGUAAUAAAUAAUGUUGUAGUAUGGAGCAUGGGUUAUAGGAGGGAGAGGGCAUGGACCCACACUUUUUUGUUAGGCUACAGAUUGCUGGAAAUUCUGUAAUUUAACACUUGAAAUUCACCUGACUCUCCCACCCCCCAAUAGUUAGUCCUCAAGUACAUGUAGGUGUAUUUUUAUACAUAAACCAUCAAACUGACAGUGCCCACCCCCCACCUUCAAAUAUACUACAUGGAAGAGCAAAAUUGUAGCUUUCAGCGAGAGAAUGUUUUUACCAUGACCCAGAAUAAAAAUAAUAUGCAGCUGCCCAUAAAAUAUAUUUUAAGGUAAUAUUCACUAUACAUAAAUCUAGGGGCCUAUUUCACAAAACAUCGUAAGUUUAUGUCUGCGACUAGCAGUUACACUGUGCAUACGUUUAAAUGUGUUUAGCAUCUAUUUCAUGCUGAAAAUUAUGUCAAAUAUGUGUACUUUUAUCAAUAUUUGUUAUACUAUAAUAGUAAUAAGAAUUGUGGUUUAGUUGUAGAUUUAUGUUUACAUGCAAAACUAGGCUUACAGUGUUUUGUGAAAUUGGGCCCCGUUUUUUGGUAAAGACCUCUGAUUAUUUUGUUUCAGUCCUGCAUACAUGCAUAUGGUAAAGAUAAAGGUGCCCCUUUUUAUCUUACUUGUCCCAUACAGAGCAUGAAUAAAAUUCUGACAAAACCCACAAAUCACAAGGAUGAAAAACCUUUGGAUGUAUCCAGAAUUCUGGAUUUUUGUGUUUUUGGCUAUAUAGUGUGAAAUACUUCAUUUUUGUGUGGUUUUGCUAAAAAUCAUAUUUUGUUAGGAACUUAAAUUUGUUGAUUGAAAAGUUAGUGUCAUACAUUUGUGUUACAUGAAUACAUAUAUUAUAUUCUCAUUGUGUUCAUAAAUUAGAUGAUUGCACAAGUCCACUAAUUAUACGAAAAUUAGACUACCAUGAAUAAAAGUGAUUUCACAGUAUACCUUUCAAGGCCUGGCAAAGUUUUCUGGAGUUUUGGUCCAUACAUGGUAAUUUUCAUCCAUGAAUUCAACAUGUACACCAUGACAUUAAUGAGUUGUCUCUUGCCUCAUUCUGUGUGAUUAUUUCUGGAUGAGCCUACUUUAUUGCAAUAUCAAAUGUUACUAAUUUAAUACUGUAUGAUGUAUAUAUUGUAUUUAUAUUACUUUUAUAUUAUUAAUAUAAAAUAAAAAUACAUGUACAUUUAUAA